AUGACCAGAGAAUUUAGUCCUAUACUUGUUGCCUCAGAUGCAUCAAACGAAAGUGAAGAAGGAAAGAAUUCAGCUACAGUUUCGAACACGUCUACCCAAACUUCAUCAGUGCAGAAAGCAAUCAAUACAAUAGAUGAAGAUCAUCUGCCCAUCCAUGACAUGCUCGAGCUCCAGCUUGCAUCCUUCCCACUCUACAAAACUCACCAAGACGAACAUAAACUUUUUAGUGCAGAAAAUCCCGAGGUCAAUAAUAUCAAGGAAAGAUUAUUUCCUCACUUGACUGGGCUAACGCUUUUUGGUAAAGACAAAAUUGAAUAUAGAUCGCCCACAUUGUACUUUAUCAGUGAUGAGUAUUUGACCAAUCCGCCAAAUGAAAUACAAGGCGCACCCUCCACCAUUGAAUCCAAUGGAUCCACCCCUGAGUCUACGUCCUCGCGUCCACAAUCGAAUUUUUCUAUUACGUAUCUUCACUUGGGAGACCAACUCUCUGGUCACAGGGGGAUAAUCCAUGGUGGAUUAUUAGCUACACUUCUUGAUGAGAUCACGUGCCGUUUGGCAUUCUUAAGCUUCCCCAGUAGAAGAGGAGUUACGGCCAACUUGAACAUCAAUUACAAGAAACCCACAUUGGUUAAUAAUUGGAUAUGUAUCAAAUGUCAAGUUGUCAAAAAGCAAGGGAGAAAGUGUUGGGUCAAAGGUGAGGUAUUUGGUGUUGAUGAGAAAACAAAAGAGUUGAAUGAAGAGGAUAUAAGGUGCUGGUGUGAGAUUUUGAUUGUUGAACCAAGAUGGGUAGAGGAGUUGAAAAACGGAGAGGGAAACUAA